AUGGAAGAAAAGUCAAGUAGCAAUAAGAAACGAAAGAUUGAAGAUGAAUCUAAAACUGAAAAAGAAAAUCCAUCACAUGACUCGGAAUCGUUACGUGAUGAAGGUGUAGAAAAGAAGAAAUCAUUGUCUGAUAAUGAGAUGACCAAGCGGAUGCUUCAAUGCAAUAAGUCCUACGAACUCAGCAAUCUUGUUGAUGAAAUUGCAUUUCAAAGAAUCAAGAUCGAAGAUGAAAAUUAUAAUGAAUUUUUAAAAAAACUUCUUCGUUUUUAUGAAAUUAAACGUACUAUACUAAAUGAAAGUGAGAAAGAGCUUCCGAAGAAAAAAACAGCUCAAGACUAUGAAUGGUUGUCAAAUGUUCAUCAGGGACCUUUGAAAGGCGUGAAUUUUGAGAUCUAUAAGAUUCGAAAAUUGCUAAGUUCAAAUUCUGAUGUUUAA